CUGAAGCCCUUUUCUUCUGGACGCCAUUUUCAGAGGGAGGGGAAAAUCACAUUCUGGAAAAGAAGUACGUCAAAGAGGCUUGUUAAGUUGUGUUUCACUCUCAAUUCAUUCGCAACGCGACCAAUGUUAACUAAGUUUUGCGUUAAUGAAGGUCAGAGUCAGUUUCAGCGUGUACGCCAAAGCAGAUUGCCUGAACUUAUGGUUGAACAAUAACUUCAGAUUUGAGCAAGAGGGGCCCAAUUCAGCUCAGGCACCUGUGCCACUACAAUGGCACCAAUAGUGAACGCUCCAAUUUCUGAUAAUUGAAUAGAAUCAGCUUUCUGGUAACCUGUCCUACAACUAAUCUACAUACUAGUGUUGUGAAGUUUCUGGGAAGAUGUCAAAGUGAUUCCAGUUGAUUGCCGGAAAUCCCCAUUAAUCAGCUGGAAUCUUGAUGGAGACGGUAAGAUCUCUCCCACUACCAUCUCACAGCCCUGCAGCUAGCAGUCCAAGAGUCAACACAAUGCCAUCUAGCUAUGGACAGACUCCAUCAAGACUGCCUUCUCAAUCUACUUCGGGACCAUUACCAAUUGCUCACAUUGGAAGACCUCCUGUUCGGCCUAUCCUAGAUGGAUCACCAUUCAAAAUUAGGUCUAUGCCUGUGGCAGCUGGGGGAAAUGGUGGCUUGGGUUUGGUGCCAUCAGCUCAUUUAUUGCAAACGAGUCACGUAGGUCCAGCAACCGAACCUCUUACGCCUCCCCCACCUCAGGUCUCCCACUCAAAUUUGUCGCAAGUAGCUCGUGCACAUCCAUACGCUGCAGCUCUGCCCGCAGCCCCGUUGCCUCCAAACAGCAGCGCUAUGGAACGUUAUUCUUCUGGCCAGUCAUCGAUGCCUUCUGCGUCCGGGAUCUAUUCCAGUUCGCCCACCUAUAGCCGGGCUGAACCUACAGUUUUCCCUUUACGAUCGCCACCCGAUCGUUCUGGUGAAUUCCGCCGACGUCUGACACUUUUACCAUAUUCCGGUCUGUCGCCAAUGGACUAUGGUGGAGGUCCUCCUAGCUUAAGUGGACCUGGUCCAGGAGGCGGUAGUGGUGGCGGACUAAUCGGUAGUGCUCCAAUAGGUGUUGGUAGUGGGGGAAACAGUGGUCGACACCAUACCCAAACUGGACAUCCCUCUCAGAUGGCAUACUCAACUGCACCAAUGGACUCGUAUCGUGAACCGUUGAUGCUGCCUAUAGCCUCAGCCGUGGCUAGCGCGAACGAAUCUGCGCACAAAAAGUUGCGCAUCAGUGAUGGCGAGCCACUGUUAAUGAAAGCCACUUUGGCCCAACCAUUGCGAAUCGACACGCGGCCCGUGUUGGCUUUGGCGUCCUCGAAUACAGGCCCCCAGCUUUUACCGAUGCAUCGCGAGUCACAGCCAGCGUACAUCCCACAGGUGGAAGCCAUCAGCCCUACUCUUCCAGGUGAUGGUGAAGACCCGCUCAAAAGAGAUGAUUCGCCUCUUCGUUCAACGAAAGACGAACUUCUAAAGCAAAUCACUAAGGUGGAUGGUGAAAUUGCAAAAGUAGAAAACAACAUUACAAAACUGAAAAAGAAACAACAAGAUUUGGAAGAGGCCGCCAAGAAACCUCCACCGGAGCAUGGUGAACUGAGAACCCAAGGGACUGGACCCAAGAACCAAAGCGUCGCUCAGCUAAUCUAUGCCGAGAACCGACGGAAAGCAGGUGAAGCACACAAAAUGCUUGCUUCACUGGGCCCGGCAAUAGAUCUCCCGCUCUAUCACCAGCCGUCCGAUACAGCUGUCUAUCUACGCAAUCGGACGCAAUUUCUGGCGUUUCGACCGCGACUUUUGAAGUUUUUGCGCCGUCGCCAAAAAGAGAAAGAAGGUCGCCAUCGUUACCUGAUGAAGACUUACAAAAAGUGGAUGAUUGACUGGGGCAAACGAGUUAGUGACCUUGAAAAGGCCAGUAACGGCCCUUCCGUUGUUGCCACCGGGGCAACUGUUGCUGCACCGACGACUGUUGCAAUUACCACGAGUGGCGGCACAACUUCAACUGCUGCCCCAACUGCACCCGUCGUUCCUCAGCCUAACUCGGUGUUUGGGCGGAAAAAAGAGCGUGAGUUCUACGAAAAGGUAUUUCCUGAACUGCGAAAGCAAAGAGAAGAUCGCGAAAGGUUCAGCCGAGUUGGAUCACGAAUUAAAUCGGAUGCUGAUUUGGAGGAAAUAAUGGAUGGCCUUCAAGAACAAGAGAACGAGGACAAAAAAAUGCGGUCCUUGGCAGUUGUGCCGCCAGUACUGCUGGAUUCUCGGGAAAGGCGGCUGUGCUUUGAUAACCGAAACGGUUUGGUUGAGGAUCCCAUGGCCGAAUACCGCGAGCGUCCGUUACUCAACGUUUGGACUGAACAAGAAAAAGAGAUUUUCAAGGAGAAGUACCUUCUUCACCCAAAGAAUUUUGGGACAACGGCAUCCUAUCUAGAGCGCAAAUCGGUGGCAGAUUGCGUUCAGUUCUAUUAUCUUUCCAAAAAGACGAUUAACUAUAAACAGUUACUACGCAAAACAAAGAUGAAGAGAAAUACCAGAGCCAUGCAGAAGCCAAAUGCUGCUGCGGCUGCAGCUGCAGCAGCAGCGGCAGCGGCAGCAGCUGCCGCCGCCGCCGCCGCACAGAAUCAAAGCCAAUCGAUAAACGAUGCGCCUGGUUCUGGUGUAACGACACGCCUUCAACGAGAACAAUUGAUGCGUCAGGAAGCGAUCACCACCACUUCCUCGUUUAGCCAAUCGACUGCCAGUACCACCUCUAUAACGUCUUUGUCAAUUAGCAGUACGGCGACAGUAAGCACUUCUUUGGCAAUACCUGAGACAACAGUCGUAUCUUCAAUAGCAAGCUCAAGCACCCCGGCACAGCCAGAGCCUGCACCAACUGUUGCGAUCGAACCGCCUUCUUACAACAACAAAAGUCCGAAAGAAGAAAACAGUAAUAGCAGCUCAGAUAACACUGAAGAUGACGACGAUGACGAGGAGGAAGAAAAUGGUUUGGCAGCUGCCAGUGUGAGUGGCACUGGAGGACCUCACCCAUGUGUGGUGUGUAAAGCCGUAUUGGAGCACUAUGGACAGAGCAGGCCCCUGCCCAAACACCAAGCUUCCCAGUAUGGAUUAGCGGAAGCAGAUGUCAGUACAGAAGCUAGAGUUUGUAGCGCCUGUCGGUGUCGUGUGGUGCGACGACGUAUCGUUCAGUGCCCGUUACCUACCUGCCCGACAGCUAAAAGACGAGUGAAACGUUUGCGUCCGCUGCCCAAUAAAUGGAAUGAAAUACCAGCGGAGAUCAGGAACGCGCUAGAGAACGAAUUUCAGAUUGGACAAGACAUGACCAAAUGCUGUUCUACUUGUUGCAAUCGAAUCAACCGUAAAUUAGCUGCGCUCACCGGACAAACACCCACCGGUCUUGCCGAAGGCUCUUCUACCGUCAUAUCUGAUUCGGUUCAAGAAGAAACUGUUCCAACCAGAGCAGAAGAAAACAGCACAUCAAUAGGUCUCCAAGGAGGGAAUUCUGCUGUAUUGGAUGGAAAGUCGGAAGUACCUCCGACUAGGGAAGAAUGUCCGGUCAUAGAGGAAAAAGCAGUUCGGCAAGAACCGCAAAUCUUGCCUCCGCACCCAGUGACCAUGGUCGAGCCGCGGCCGGUGGCCAGAGUUGUCCAACCAGUUGGAGCGGACAAUUCAGAAACAGACAGUGCCGAUGAAAUGGGAGCCAGUCAGAAUGCUGCGGCUGAAGCCCAAGCCAACAACAGCUUACAUCCCAAUAUCCAUCGCAGUAACGGCAAUGUCGGACAGGAGGCGUUGACCGUACGAGAUUUAGUGUCUGGCGUUAUUGAAAGUCAGUUGAAACGAACUGAUCCUCAUAACAUGUCCGCACCAAUGGGAGUGGGCUCUCCUGUUUAUCCGCCGGGACCAUCAGAAUCGCCAACAAUCACGUCCAUUCUAAAGGAUUCUCAGCGGAACUACACCGUUGGUAGGAGUAGCGCACCGUUAACAGUUGUGACAAACACCGCACCUACGCAGUCACCCCGUUUGAUGAUGUCCCAACCUCAUGAGCCUAAUGCAGGGAGAAGGUCAUCUCCAUACCCUCCUGCUGCAGUCAUGGGACUGUCGCAUCCAGGCAAAGCCCCUCUCGGUCCGAAUGAUGAGUACAGCGCCAGCCUUCCGCGGGAAGGUUUGGCAUUCCAUCAAGUACAGCAGACGAUGCGUGACUACGAGCGUGAACGAGCACGUGUGAACCGAGACGUCGAGGGUCAAACCUUAGAUUUAUCGAUGCCUAAGAAACGUGAUAAUAAGGAUUCGUCGUUGCCGUUGAAUCAGUCUGCGCAAGGCCAACCUUACGGUCACUCUACGUCACCUUAUGCUCCUCCUCCGCCAGCUCAUUCAAAGGCGAGCAAAGAACAGCAACAGCAACAGCAGCAGCAACAACAACAGCAGCAACAACAACAACAACAACAACAUUAUCGGGUCCCUCCUGGUUCAGCAGUCAUUGAUCCAAUGGCUGCUUAUUCCGCGGGAAUGAGAGCUCCAGCCCCCUAUCCGCCAAGAUCAACUCCACCUGCUCCAAACUCAUCACGACCACCAAGUGGUUCAAUCAUGCAGGGCACUCCGCUGUCAAUCUCAUCUCCGUCAACAAAUCCCCUACCUGUGCAGUUGCAGCUACCGAGAACGGAUGGGUUGAUACGCCCUACGGUUCAAGGUCGUGACUCUUUGGGUGGUUCCAUUACACAGGGCACACCCAUCGCCGUGAAGGACCUAGACACCCGACCUGGUUUGCCACCAAGUGGACCUCAUUCAUCUCACCCUGCCUAUGAAUCGUACUACAGAGGGCUGUCGCAGCAACAGCAACAGCCACCAGGUCCGCCUAUGCGACUUUCAUACCAGCCGGACCCACAAUCUUAUUCGAGACAAAUGAUUCUGAGUAACGAUUAUCUCUUGUCGCAACAAAUGGCUGAGCGAAACAGUGGCAGAAGAGAUCGAGAGCUGUUGGGUGGACCGUUGCAACCUCAAAUGCCUGUCAAUACGAGAUCAAAUGAUCGGCAACCUCCGCCACCGCCCUCUCAUCCAGCGUAUCAACAUAGACCUCCUUCACCCAUGUAUGUGCAGAAACUUCCGUCGUACGCCAUGGAGCCGCACCACGGUUACCCGUCGCACUCGAGUAGUGGUGGCAUUGCACCUCAACUUCAGCAACAUCAAACCCUGUCGCAUCAGCAUCCCCCGCCAUCAUCUCAACCCCCUCAACAGAGGCAAGGGGUCAUUCAGCGAAACUCGUCCGUACCUUCGGCGCGCCAACCUGACCCGAGACCCUCACCGCCUGCCUCCAGCCCACUACAACAACAAAGCAAUCAAGUAAGGACGUCUUCGCCGGGUGGACUGCUAUCAAUGGGUGCCGGAGGAGUGGGAGGUCACCUCCAUCCCAGCAGUCGACCAAAUUCGAUUGCAGGUGGUGCCCCGCCAGUGUCUAUUUCCCCAAGAGGUGAUUCAAUUUAUGUCCAUGAUGCAUUUGCUUCAUUGGUUAACGCUGCCGCUGCUCAACCGAGCCUACCUGUUCCGGAUCGGGAUCGAAGAGAUCGUGAGAGGGAAAAGGAGAGAGAUCCUAGGGGUCAUCUGCAGUCUUUGCCGAUCUCUAGAUCAAUGCAUCCGGAUAGAAGAGAAGAAGUUAUGGAGCGCACCAUGGCCUACCAAAGGGAAUCGCCCAAGAUUGCCAGCGCCCCUCCAGGGCAAACCAGUGCCGGCGCUGCAGCAGUGGGUGAUGCGACGCUGACAGCCGCCUCUUUAAUCGAUGCCAUUAUUACCCACCAGAUAAACCAAUCUUCGAAUCCAAGUGAACUGGGGUCUGUUGUCACCAAUUCCAAAGCCAGCAAUGAAAACUACUUCAAUCGAUAUAGGAGGAAUGCUAGUCCUGUUGAUACUCGCGGUACUACUUUAGACUCCCGUGCCGGCCACAAGGAGCAACAACGCCAUGAAGAUCCUCCUCCUCCUUCUGGGCUGCCAUCCCAACAACGUCCGCCCUCGUCAUCUCCUUCAUUGCCCCCGCCAUCAUCUGGAUCUUCUAGCAAAGCUGCCUUUACUCUAGGGGAACACAUUGAAUCUAUCAUUGCCAAGGAUUUUCAUCAAGGUUCUGGAGGAGGAGGGGGAGGAAUGCCAAUACCCGGCGAACAAGAUUGGAACCCAGAUUGGCAAAGGCGCCAAGUUGAAUAUUCCAAGUCCCGUAUGGCAGCUCCCGAGUCGUUGAUGAACGAUUACGCUAAGAAUCGAGCCGCACUCGACUAUGCUGCCAAAUGUCGCGCCGGAGAAGGCCAACAGAUGCAAGAGUAUGGAAUACCUAAAAGUGGCAGUGGGGGAGGAGGAGAAGCUGAAACUCGUCAAACUACCAUCUCUCCCCUCGAUUACGUCAAAAAGAAAAUUGUCGAAGUUAUGCGGACUUCUUCGGAUGGGGGUAUUCCGGCUGGAGGUGGUGGUGGUUCUGGUGGUGGCAGCGCCAACCAUGAAAUGGCGCCUCCAAGUUCACCGGCUCGACGCGGGAUCAGUCCAGCUCCCUCACCGAACAAGAGACCGCGAAUGAAUGAAGAUGAAAGAGGUGGACCUUCUCCAGUUGUACCGCAUUACAUGUCUACUCCAUACCCUUCCAUGGGAUAUCCGUACACUAUACCGUCUAAUGUUCCCAUGAGCAGUAGCGCUCCAACUGCCGUCACCUCCGCAUCGGCCAGUUCCACCGGCAAUCAAACAACGGGCCAGCCAGUUGUUUUGUUAUCCUCUCAGUAUGAAGUUCUUUCUGAUGAAGAUUGAAAACGUAACAAGAAAAACAACAACAAAAAAUCUAAUAUAAAGCACGCCCUUUUUUCUUUCCACUGAGCUUUGUCAUUGGCUCCUAGCGGCCAAUACAACGAGUUGGAUGCUGAACAACAGAUCGCUUUGUUUCGGGUACUCAAAUGAGUUGUUAAUCUUGCAUCAGAAUUCUAAAGCAAAAGCUAUACUCUCAUCAUCAUCUCGUCUCUUCUAUUCCUGUUAACUUUGUGGUUCUUUCAUCAUCAUAUGUCUUGCAUUGGAUUAUUCUUUGUAGAAUCUUCCGCAACCUUUCCAUAAGGUGUUGACUUGUUUCCUCGUUUCUUAUGCGUUUUUUUUUUUUUUUCUGGGUAUGUAUGUUUCUUUGGAUGACUUUUGAAAGUCUAUUUGUACGCGUAUGAAUGUGUGUUCCUGCAGAGCGUUUUUGUCAUGAAUAUUGGAGAACAAGUAAUCUGGAUGUACAUUGUUGUGUGUAUAUUCUGUUGGAUUUGGGACACAUCGUGGAAGGAAUGAAUUCGGUUCCAAUACAUGACCGACAUUUUUUA